AAAACAAGUGUGUGGAGCCAAGAAACAGGUCUGACCUCAGUUACUGGAACUAAGCAAGGUGCGGUUUUAAAAGAGACUCUAAAGUGUGGGUGACCGAGACAACAUGAACACCACUGAAGCAGCCUCCAACGUCACCUUUACAUCUGACACAGAAAAUGCCACGCUGUCCAGUCUGACAACCACCAUCCCACAGCCUCCGUCCUACUCCUCAGACUUCCAUGACCCAGAAUUCACCAUCAUGGUUGUGCUGGGCUUAUCACUGCUGCUGGCAGGGUUAGCCGCCUUCCUGGCAGUGUGCCGGCCCUCUGAUCAGGACGGGGACUCUGAGACGAGCUGCAGCCCAGGGGAGAGCUUGACCCGUGGAAGAAGCCGGUCCAGUGAGCCCCAGCUCAAGGUGUGGAAGAGGCUGGGCUCAUACCGCCGUUCAUACAACAUCUCCUUCAGGCGGCCGCCCCCUCGCAGAUCGCGCGAGCGGGAGAGCUCACACGCGUCCAGGUCUCCGAUCCGACAGACGCCCCAACCAGAAGCCAGUGUGGAGCCUCACCUCACUAUGCCUUGUCUAUUUGACUACGUCACUGAAAUCUGACCGGAGGAGCGGCUGAGGGCUGACUGACAGCUUUACAAAACAAGUGAUAAACUGUAUGGUUGGUGCUAUGAACAGUCCAUGAAAAUAAUGUUUACUUUGAAUGCUCGGUGGAUGAGGUUUGCAACAAAACAAGUGCUUAAAAAUUAGGCAAUCAAACAGUCACUGUAACAGGGUUUUACACAUUUUUGUGAUUCAUCAUUUCACCCUCUGUAGCAGGUAACAUCAUUAGGCAUGGCUGCUCUUUUUCAGCACAGCUCUGCACCAUGGGUGGAUUAUGAGACAAUGAGCCCCUGGGCACAGACACAUGGAGAAGGUCUCACCACCUCUCCUACAUAGGAACAAGAUACAGACUGUAUAGCUGUAUAGCCUCUGUUGUUCUUGUUUUGUGUCUCUUUGAAGUCGCUUUUGCAUCUCUGUGAGUUUAUGUCUCUUUGUUGUUGUGUUUACCAGUUGCAUAGUGAAUAUGUGUAGCUGUUUUGUGUCACUUUGUAAUUUUUUGGUCUUUUUGCAGUAAUGUUUUGUGUGGUUGUGCCCCUUUUUGUAGCCAAUUUGCAUCUUUGUAGUCUCUUUAUGGUUGUUUUGCCCCUCUUCAUAGUCAUUGUGAGUCUCUGUGGUUAAUUUUUGUCUCCUUGCAGCUGUUAUGCAUCUCAUCGAAAUUGUUUCAUGUUUCUUUGUGGUCAUUUUGAGUCUCUCCCUGGUUGGUAUGUAUCUUUUUGAGUGAUAUUUUGUAGGUGAAGGCCAGGGGGGGAACCUGAGGCUUUAGCCCCCUGAGUCUGUGCCCGGUUGGCCUGUUCAGGAAUCCAUCAAUGUUCUGUACUAUAUAUAGAUAUAAAAUCUAUCUCAGUGAGAAUUUGAUGCAUCAUCAAAUCUCACAUUCUGCACAGGAAUGAAUUCCUUCUGAUGUGAUUACUUUCAAAGUUCUCCAAGGACUUUAAAAGCGACUAAACACAUAUAAUGAACAGUAAUUGAACACAUACAAACUUACAGCAAGGCACUAGAUCAAACAAUGACAAUGAAGGCCAAACUUAAAAAUAUUCCCCAUAAUAUUCCCUGUGAAUUGUUAUGAUGCAGAAACCCCAUCCAUCUGGAAAUUCAUGUGAAUUAAGACAAAUUUCAUUUUAUACUAUAAUUUCAUGCAGGUCUCAAAACAUGAUACGUUACCACUAAUAUCAAGACAAAUCCAGCUUGAGCCAAAAAGAGACCACUCUGACUGAUUCUGUGUAUUUUUUAUGAUUGUUAAGAAAUAAAGUGCAGUUGAAGUUUUA